AUGGCAUCUCCUCCUAGAAAUCCUCUUCCAGCCGUCGGUGAUGUCCACAACGAUGCUGCAGCACCUGAACCAGCAGACCCGAAUCUGGCCGUCAUCGUUCAUCCUGUCAACCUUGAAGCUAUGCCGAUCAGUUUUAUUGAGUCCGGUGACGAGCUGAAUCCGAUUGACCCAGACAACUUCGAGUAUGUGGGUCCCUCUUCCAGUGGAAGAAGAGGCGGUAGAGGUGGUCGUACUCCAGUUAGGGAAAACCCACCAAGAGGUCUUCAUUUGGUGGAUGAAGACACAGAUGAUGAAGAAGUAGAUCCUACCUUUGCAGAACCAGAAGCCCAAGCUCUCUCCUCAAGCUCCACUGAGUCAUCCUCCAACGACUCAACUCCACCAGCAUCAACUCAGGGGGAGACAUCUCAGCCUAACAUGGCAGCAGCAGCUUCCCAACAUCCUGUUUCUGAAGAUGUUGCUGCACAUGUUCCAGAAGAUGCUGCUGCCCCCAGUGUCUCAGCCAAUGCCCCUCAGAGUGCUGCUGAGGAUGCUGCUCCCUACCAGGAUGAAGAAAUGCCUGAUUUUUCUGGGAUGUCCUCUACGAGCAUGUUGACAUUCCCACUGUUGAUGCUCAGGAUUUCACUACCACUGAAGAAACACCCUCAGCACCACUUGAAGACCCUCUGGAAACUCUCGCAGAAGCAGCUGUUCAAGUGGAUGCACCACCUUCCCAGGUUGAAGAGAAAGAGAAAAGUGAUGACAGUUGGGAAGUGCCCUUGCCUCUUUCCGCAAGAAUUUGCCAUCCUCAGAGUCAGACAGUGA